CGUCAUAACUCCGCACCGGUGUGUGCUGGGAUUCGGCUGAGGUUUGUGGAAUUGAACCCGUCAGUAUUUAAGGCGUUUAAAUUGAUUUAGAGCAUUUUUUCUUUUUCUUUUUUUUUAGAAAAAUAGUUUGAAUUAAGGUAGCGUGUUGACUGUAAUGUUUUAUGUGACUGGAGCUGCAUUAAUGAGUGUAUAAACGAUGUAAAAACUUAAGGUGGAACAACUGAGAUUUGUGUGACAUAAUAUUACAAACAUGGAGUUUAUUAAAGAAGAGAAUGAAGAAAUAAUAAUUCCAGAUCCAUGCCGAGUGAAAGAUGAAGAAAUGGAGGAGAAAAUAGACCUGAUGUCACCAAAAGAGGAAAGUCAAGAAAUGUAUGAAGCGGAGGAGAAGCAUCAUGAUUUCACCAGUGGAGAAAAAUCCUUUAGUUGCACAGAAACAGAAAAGAAUUCCUUGAAAAAACCAAAACGAACUGUGAAAACAAGAUCUAAAAGUAGCUUCACUUGCUCUCACUGUGGAAAGGGUUUCUUGCGUAUAGGACACCUUUACAGCCACAUGAGAGUUCAUACUGGAGAGAGUCCGUUUACCUGCCAGCAGUGCGGAAGGAGGUUUAAACAGAAAGGAAACCUUAAAAGCCACAUGCGAAUUCACACCGGCGAGAGCCCUUUCACCUGCCAGCAGUGUGGAAGGAGUUUCACUCAAAAAGGAAACCUUAAUGGCCACAUGAGAUCUCACACCGGCGAGAGCCCGUUCUCCUGCAGAGUCUGUGGAAAGAGCUUCUCGCUCAAAGGAAACCUUAAUCACCACAUGAGAAUCCAUUCUGGAGAGAAGCCUUUCGCAUGCCCUCAGUGUGGAAAACGCUUCACACAGAAACAGUCUCUUAACUGCCACAUAAGAAUCCACUCUAGAGAGAACUGUUUUAUAUGCCACAAGUGUGGAAUGAGUUUCACAGACAUGGAGCAUCUUAACAGACACGUAAUAACGCACUCUGGAGAAAAGCCGUUCACAUGCCAGCAGUGCGGAAGCAGGUUCAGAUUAAAUAAAAACCUUAAGAGUCACAUGAGAGUUCACACCGGAGAAAAGCCGUACACGUGCAAGCACUGCGGGAAGACCUACGCACAGAAAGGAAACCUUGAUGUUCACGUGCGCCUUCACACUGGAGAGCGGCCGUUCGUUUGCCCUCAGUGUGGAAAGGGUUUCACACAUAAAGGAAACCUGAAGAGUCACAUCAGAUUUCACACUCGAGAGACGCCUUACGCGUGUCUUCACUGUGGGAAGAGUUUCACCUAUCAGAGAGACCUCAAAGUUCACUUGCAUGUUCACUCUGAGUUCGUACUGAAGUGUUCGGAGUGCGGCAAGACGUUUGCAGACAAGGUCAACUUCUUAAACCAUCUGCGCAUUCACCCCGGAGAACGGCUGUUUAACUGCGACCGCUGCAAUAAGAAGUUUCUUUUUCGGUCCCACUUAGAGAUACACAUGAAAAGCCACACUGACGAGAGAGCUUAUGUGUGUUCCUCGUGCGGAAAGGGUUUUAAAUGGCUUGGCAAUCUGAAAUCGCACCAGAAGAUGCAUGCUGGUGUGAACGCUUGUGCCAGAGCGAGCCACUUGAAACAGCAGCAACAAAUCCAUCCUGGAGGAAACACAGACGAGGAUUCAGAUGUCGCAAAGCCUUUGACUGCUUCAGAAACUUCAAAAACAGAAGGCGUGCAUGCUGGAGAGAAGCUAUAUAGCUGCGCUUCAUGUGGGAUGAACUUCAGCACGACAAUUUAUCUGCUGGCUCAUGAGAAAAGGCACUGUCUGAAGUAGCCACAAAGAGCAAAGCUUCAGGUGAAUGGAGGAGAAUUAAGACACCGAAAGAUGGAGAAAUAUGUUUAAUAAACAUACCACAGUGUUUGAAGGGAUGUUUUUCUAUUCAUUUUGUAUUGUGGAUUAACAUUUGUAUGAAAUUAAUUUGGCAAGGUUACUUAAGUAGCACAUAUUACACACAAUAGUAAUAGCAUGUGAAAGUAAUAGCAAAUUUAUUUAAUUAUAUAUAUAUAUAAUGAAACAUAUGGAAAGAAUGCAGAUUGCACAGUACUCGUUUGAUUUAUAAGUAGUUCUGUCGUGACGACUUUCAGAGAGUUUAGCGUGGUGAUAUACUUGACAAUAUCAAUGUGUUUGGUCUUGACGGAAUAGAUCUGCUACACACAUGUAACAUAUAUGAAAUAACCCCUGUAUAUAUCAGCCUGUAGCAGAUCUAUGCAGGUGGAGCUGGGGAAGGUGGAGGGUUUAGCAACCAAUCAGCUGCGCCGCGUGAAUAAUGAUGCGAUUGUGUUCGAUUGAGUUAUCGAGUUUCAUGGUAGAACUUUGAAUUUAUUUGAUAUCUUCUUAUAUAUUUUGUUUUGUUUGUAUAAGUUGACAAUAAUAAAAAAAUAAAUAAGAAUAUCAAGUUCUUGUCAGUUAAAUGGAGAUCAUCAGGCUCUUCCUUAAUUAAAAAUUCCAUUAAUUUGAUUUGAUUUGAGGAAAAUUGAUUUUAAACAAUAACUAAUAAUCCUCCAAAGACAGACCUGUUGUGAGCUCUGAGUUUGUUUAUAGAUUGUAUGCUUUUAUUGAACCCUUUUGUUGUUGUUUAUUUAACUUCUUUUUUAAAUGAAUUGUUUAAUAACAGAAUCUGUGGUGAAAAACUACAUUACCCAUACUGCUGCAACACAAAUUCCACCAAUCAGAGAGUUGCAGCAAACAAAGUGCACCAAAUAAUAUCUUAUGCUCCACUCACUCAAAUGUAAUCAAGUUGGUCUCCCUACACUCUCAAAAUAUUUACAUAUUUGUAUAUACUUGCGUAUAUUGCAAUAAACCUAUUGCAAAUAUGUUGGUUUUUAAACACACAACUAACAACUUUAAAUUAAGAGUUUUAUAUUUCUCUGUCAUUUUUUAUUUGAUCGUCAUUUGCAGUGUUUCAUGGGAUUGUAGAUGUUGAAGCUGUUAAGUUCACAGCCCUGUACUUUUGCAAAAGACGUACAAAAGUUUGGCCACCCCUGAUCAACACUGAAAGUUUACCUGUUUUUCAGAAGUCACACACACACACACACACACACACACACAC